CCGCGCGCAUGCGUGUUGUGCGGGGCCGGGUGUCGGACGGCCUCAGUGUCCGCGGUGGCUGCGUUCCUGGUUGCGGGGGACCGGCUCGCCGGGCAGGGGCAUCCGAGCGCUGCCGCCGAGCAGAAGCCUGGGGUGAUCAUGGCGGUGAGCCAGCUCCGAGCGCUGAGAGUGUGCACCUGCUUCGCGUGGCUGCUCUCCUUCUUCAAGCGGCUCAUCUGCAGGUCUGGAAGGGGUAGGAAAUUGAGUGGCGAUCAAAUAACCUUGCCUACAACGGUUGAUUAUUCAUCUGUUCCUAAACAGCCUGAAGUAGAAGAUUGGAGUUCCUGGGAUGAAGAUGGUCCAACCAGUAUUAAGAUUGAAGGAGGUAAUGGCAGUUUGACAACACAACAAAAUGGCCCUGGAGAGCCUGAAGAACCUGAUUACUUUAAGGAUAUGACACCAAACAUCCGAAAACCUCAAAAGAUUAUUAUUAAGAAGAAAGAACCUUUACAUUUUGGAAUCCCAGAUGGCACCAUGGCAUUUUCCAGUAGAUUGGCAGCUACGCAAGAUAUCCCAUUCAAUCAGCCAUCACCUGAACUGGGAGAUUUUGACACUUGGCAAGAAAAUACUAAUGCCUGGGAAGAGGAUGGAGAUGCCACUUGGGAGGCAGAAGAAGUGCUGAGGCAGCAGAAGCUUGCUGAGAGAGAAAAGAGGUCAGCUGAACAACAGAGGAAGAAGAUAGAGAAGGAUGCACAGAGAUUACUGAGAAAGGAACAGAACAAAAUUGCUGUAAAACUUUCGUAACUAUAAGUGAUAUGUGGACACGUCACUAUCAGGACAAGUGCAGUAUGUUACCUCCUAUGGUAACUAUGACCAGUGUAUUUUGGUGAAGAAUUUCUUUAAGUAAUUGCUAUUGCUGUGCAUUUGAUCAGUACAGCCUCAGUUUUACCUGUCACCACCUGAUGUUUGGAAAUCUUCCUGGAUUACUGGAAAUCAUUGAGAUGAGGGAUUUUUUUCAGUGUAUACAUAUUUUUGUCAGGUGUCCAAUCAGUGCAUUGUUCGAUGCAAUACUUUACUGUAUCAGCAUCUGAAAUCUGGGUAGAUUAUUUACAGUAGUUCUUCAGGUUCAAUAUUAGGAAUAGCUGUAGUUGUGUGGCAUAAUUUAUCUCUGUAAAAUAUCUUUCAUUUGAAAUUAUAUUUAAGCAUAAAAAGUGUUGGUGAGUUCCUUUUUCUAGAUUUAAUCAUCAUCAUUUAGUUCUGCUAUUGUUAGACAAUAAGAUAUUACCAAUGAAAUCAAGGAAUUAUCAAAAUAUCAGAGUUAGUGUUGUAUAUAUUUUCUAAACAGAUUCUUGAGAGAAUGGUAGGUACAAAAAGAAAACUAAAUAUGUUUGUAUGUAUCUGCUUAAAUAUCUCAAAGUUGCUAGCUAGAAGCUAAAUAGGACCGUUACAGAAGCUAAGUUUUUUUUUAAAAAGAUAUAAUUCAUUACUUUUGGCUUUCCUGAAGUUAGUAUUUUGGUUGAUUACUGUACAGAUUAAAAUACUAUUCCUGCAGGAGCAAUGAGAAUGUAACUAUACUAUUAUGAAGCUUGAUGUGUGUCUAUAUUUGCAUCCAGUUAAUUGACACUGCUGUAAGAUUUGAAAUUUUAACAUAAUUUAUUGUUCCACAGCAUCAGCCAUCUUUUUUUUUAGGAAGCCAGCCAAAUUGGCUUGUGUUUAUUUUUGUUAGGCUGUUUUUCAUAUUUCUUUUAAUUGCUUUAAAAUGAUACGUUGCCUUGAAUGCAGUUUUGUACCUUAAAUGAAAGUUAUCCUUAUUCUGCUCUGUAGGCACCUAAUGAUAGUCUUAUGAACUCUGUAAUCUAAAGUGAAAGAAUAUUUUUAAUAUUGUGAAAAAUACAGUGAAACUGCUGCCUAUAAUUCAUAACUAGAACAGAAUCAUUUUUAAACCCUAUGCUAUAUUGCUAUUCCAGUCCACAUCUUGAAAUGUGCUGAUUAAAAGGUGCUUAGUCUACAACUAUGAUUCAAUUUACUAGCAAUGAGCAUACCAGUUUUUUCCAUAAAUAAGAUGCCUAGAUAUGUUUUACUAUUCUGUGCAUUCAGAUUUUUUUGGACAUAAUUUUCAGAGUAAAAAUGUAAUUCACUUAUAGUGCAUUGAAAAUAAUUUAGCAUGCAAGAUUUACUAGACUGGAGUCUGGCUCAACAGUCUUUCCCUGCUGUAGUUUCACGGAUACCUCACACAUCCAUUCAUGCCUGUCACCCACUAAACCAGAUAUUUGGCUAUUUAGAUAAUGUCCUUUUAGGGCUUUUGCAUAGUUUGUCUAUACGCAUCCAGUGGAGCUAAAGCCAUUACAGAAAUGGGAGCAGAAACUAUCAAUGAAUAAUGUCACUCACCAGGAAACAAUAGUUUGGGUAAUGAAUAUUCAUUAUUUAACAAUUGAUAAUAUUGUCAUUUGAUGUGUUGAUAUAAAAAAUAAAUGAUUUUAUUAAGAGAAUUUAUCAAAUUUAUAAAAAUUGCCCUACAGAUAGAAAUAUACUCUAACAAAAACUGUAAAACAUUAAUUAUAAAUUGAAAAAUAAUAAAGGUAAUAUACAUGAGUUAGUUCAGUCCUUCUGUUAGGCUUUACCAUUGCCCAUCAAGAGUAUAGCUAGAGCUCUCUUCCUCAUACAGAUUUUGGAUCACUAAAUACUGACCUUAGCAUUUGGCAUAUCGUUUCUGGGCAGCUGAACUAAUUUACUAGUCCUGUUACCACCAAAACCCAGAUUACUCCUUAUCUAAGAUCAAGGGUUCCCAACCUGGGGUCCACGUACCCCUCAGUUAAUGGUAUGUCAUAAAAAAGGUUGGGAAGCCCUGCCCUAGACUGAUUUGUCCAUAUUCCUUGGUACUUUGUUCAACAGUAGCCUAGAAUUGAAUUAAACUGUCAGGAUUUUGUCUAUUAUUCAGGUCUUUCUUACCAACUAGAAUUGAUGCUUUAUUAAUUAGCUGAACAAGAGGUGGUCUUGUCACUAUUCCACAUACUGGCUGCUGCCUCAGCUGACUUUAUUUUUAGCAAACUAGAUGCACUGAAAUAACUGAAAUAGCAUCCUCAUAAAGCGCUUCUCCAAACACAUUGACUGCUUUACUGGCCCUGUUCUCUACUGUCCCCGAUCUAAUUUCAGCUCCAAGUAAACAGGUUAUCUUGGCUAUGUGCUUCUUCUCUGAUAUCCGUUAAUUUUGUUUAACCUCCUCAUUUGCCCAAACUCCGAUUCAGCAGUUGAAUCUUAACCCAUCGGUUCCUGUGCUCACUUAAUAUAGUGGAUGGCAGGGUGGUUAUGUCCCAUAUGCUGUCCUAAGCCUAUUGAAGCCCCAGCAAAUGCUUUAUUGAAAUAACUCACUCAGCCUAGUUCUCUUAGUGGGAUUGUUGUUACUAAGGCCACUUUUAUGCUUGGGAAAAGUAACAAUAUAUGUAUAUAAAAACUGUUUAAGAUCAUAAGACACAGGAGCAGAAUUAGGCUGUUUGGCCCUUUGAGUCUGCUCCACCAUUCCAUCAUUAUCCCUCUCUUCUGUUUUGCUAUCAACAUCCAGGACACAGUCCACAAUCCUGUUCAAUUCAACACCUAGCGUUUUUGCUGCUGCAAUUACAAUUGCCUCCAUAACCCCUAUCACCAACAUCCAUCCCUACCCUUUCCAUCAGUGUUGGCACACUUUCAUGUUGUACAUUUUAUUGACCUACAUCACCCAAGUUUGUACAGCUAUGCAUGCUAAUGCUAAAGCUAAAGGACAUCAGAGUAGCAAGCCUAAAAUCAUCCCUCAAGUAGGCUAAAAUAUCAGUCUAUGUCUUAAAAUACACUUCAGCCAGGACCUUGAACCUCACACUCAUCCUCUUCCUAAACAUCAUGGAUAAACUCAGAUGGAGGAACUUGCAUCUGAGAAAUUUUAAAUAAAAAAAAUUCUGAAAGCAGUCAUCCUUGAAAGUUUGUGCAGCUACGCUGAGUUUUGAGUAAUUCUUUCCAGACUAGUUAAGUAAGAAUCUAGUGUAGAACAUGGUAGGGUUAUCGUUUCAGAGUAACAACUCAUUGUUGAGGAGGCUUCUGACCAAUAAAGUCAGGCAGACAAUGUCAUUCACUUCCCAGCAACCUCCCAUAGAUCAUAUUAACUGGCAAAAGCCAUUGCUCAAGAUGAACAUAUUAAGGUGGAGCACACAGUUAUGAAGUUUGGUUUGCUGUGUCUCGUGAUGAUCAUAAUUGCCAGUCGAUGAUGUCAUCACCUGCUCACACUUUCAUUAAUGCCUCCCAUGUCAGACAUUGAUUGUCACCGAUUUAGUGAAGGACUCUGGUGAGGUGUAUAAUCAGUUUGCAGUUAAACAACUUGCAGUAUCUUUUUUUCUGAUUCAGUAGUAAUUAAAAUAUGUUACACUUGUACUGAAUUUGGUGAAAAUAUUGCAAAACUCAAAAUUAUUCCUUGUAUCCAAAGCUAUUCAAAAGUUUUAGUGUUGGCUUUAGACUGCAAACCUUACACUACAUGGCCACAUCAAAUAUCUUUUAUCACCAUAAGAAUAUAAAUCACUUGUCAAUCUGGUAAUCAUUGAUCCCUAGAAAUAGUUUUCUUUGUCAUAAACAAGUUUUUUUUCUACAUUACUCUUAGCAACCUUUAUACUGAGUCAUGUAAAUUGUAUAAUUUUUUAUAAAUCUGUAAAAUACCUGUUUAAAUUAUUGUACAGUAUUAAAAAGGGCAAUUGAAAACUCAUGGUCUUUGUUCUGUUACACAAGUUAGGCA